AUGGAAGAGGCUUGCGAAAGUCUUCAGUCCAUGGAGACUGCUGGACAGGUGAGUGCUUGUGGGAAGGACAUGUUGAAGGCGAACAUCAGUCAAAUCCAAGCAAAGUCUUUACAGGAUGUCUUAGACGUGCUGCAGGACUUCGAAGGCGCAUGUUUUCAAAGCCUUCAAGAGUCAACUCGCAUUGGUUGUCAGGUGCUUUACUCACUCGCACUUGACUGGACUUCCAUUGCGCUCUAUGAAAUGUGGACCUGUAGUCGGCCAGGCAUCGCUCCAGAGUUGUGUGCGGCGAUCGGCGUCGCAUCACAUCACGCGCAGAAGACCAGUUGGCAAUCUGUGAAGAUGCAGUACAGUUCCAAUAACGCCGUCAUGGCGACGUUACAGGAGCUGGAAGAGGGCUUGGCGGCAGAGUUGGGUCGACCUCCCCACAGCCAGAAAAGCCGACUACCUUCUUCAUGGAGAGGGGCACGCUUCACAACCAAGCAGACCUACUACUGGGCGACCGUCAUUAUUUGGCGUGAGACGCAGUGGCAGUGGCUUUCGGACUCGGUUGCGGCCGGCAGAGUGGUACACACUGCCUGGGGAGAGCCAGAUGAGUGGCUACGAUUUGGCACGACCGACUGCAACACGGAUGCGCCGCUGCCUCUUCCUGGGCCGCAGUAUGCUUUGACAGAGGAGACACGCUUCACUGGGCUCAGGUUCGCGGUUUUCGUCGCCCUUCUACAAGAGUUGCGCAAGCGAAGGGGUGGAGGGACCCUUCUCGUCGUCGAAGUUGGCGUCUUUGUGGGGCAUCUGUCAAAGUUUAUUCUUGAGCAUUGCGAUUUCGUGGAGCUCAUCGGCGUCGAUCCAUAUUUGGGUGCCGAUGGCACCUUCCCUGGUAACUUCGCGGCGGAUUUACCUCCAGAGGUCGCAUUCCAUUAUGCGUCCAGGUUGUAUGACUCCUUCAAAGACAGGGCGAUGCUUCUGCGAGCGACCUCUCUGGAAGCUGCGUUGUCACUUCCUGACAAGAGCAUAGAUGCCAUCUUCAUCGACGGCUGCCACUACUACGAUUGCGUCAAAGCAGACUUCGAAGUUUGGAUGCCAAAGCUGCGUACCGCAGAAGAGACCCUCGUGGCGGGACAUGAUUUCUCGCCCCAGUGGCCUGGGGUCGUGCGAGCGGUGCACGAGCAGAGACGGAACCAACAGAUCGUGACCAUCUCCACUGAUUGGAUGUUUUGGUGGUUUGAGAAACAGCAUGGACAGGAUGGUGAGAAGAUGCCCGAGCAAACUGACCAGCACGAUGCAUGGGACAAAACGCGCUCGAAAGUCUGA